AUGAGUUCAAUUUCUCGGUCGACACUGCUUCUGAAAAACAUUUCUAUUACGAAAAAUUUAGGUGCAGUUCGUUGCAUAACCAAGAAAGUUCAAGAUGUCCCUACCCAUACGGGUCAAAAAUGGGACUCGGAUGACUACCGCCUUGCUCGCUUUACUCUUGCUCCAAAACAAGUGAAUUCCAGUUGGGCAGUAAAUCUCAUAGCAGAGGUACCACCUAAAGAAGUAACAGAGAGGGUUGUUUGGUGUGAUGGUGGCAGUGGGCCAGAAGGGCAUCCAAGAGUUUAUAUUAAUGUGGACAAGCCAGGGAAUCAUUCUUGCGGUUAUUGUGGACUACGUUUUGUAAAGAAAGAGCACCAUUAA